ACCCUUGGGCCAUCCUGUGACUGUUUCUCACCAGAUCUGCAGAUUUGGGGUUGGUUGGAUCCCAGGGUUCUGACUAGGGGGGCUGUUUGGGACAGGGUUGAGGUUCCAGACUGCUCUGCUCCCCCCACAGAGAUCCGCGAGGCCUUCAAGGUGUUUGACCGUGAUGGCAAUGGCUUCAUCUCCAAGCAGGAGCUGGGUACGGCCAUGCGCUCCCUGGGCUACAUGCCCAACGAGGUGGAGCUGGAGGUUAUCAUCCAACGGCUGGACAUGGAUGGUGAUGGCCAGGUAGAUUUUGAGGAGUUUGUGACCCUCCUGGGACCCAAGCUUUCCACCUCGGGGAUCCCAGAGAAGUUCCAUGGCACUGACUUUGACACUGUCUUCUGGAAGUGCGACAUGCAGAAGCUGACGGUGGAUGAGCUGAAGCGGCUGCUCUACGACACCUUCUGUGAGCACCUGUCCAUGAAGGACAUAGAGAACAUCAUCAUGACAGAGGAGGAGAGUCACCUGGGCACAGCCGAGGAGUGCCCUGUGGAUGUGGAAACCUGCUCCAACCAGCAGAUCCGCCAGACAUGUGUCCGCAAGAGUCUGAUCUGCGCCUUCGCCAUUGCCUUCAUCAUCAGCGUCAUGCUCAUUGCAGCCAACCAGGUGCUGCGCAGCGGCAUGAAAUAAGUGCCACCUGGGCACCUGGUCUGGCACGUGCAGUGCUGGGCCCACUUCCACCCACCACCACCUGCAGCCCUUCUCCCUCAGCUGGCUCUGGACCAAUAUCCUGUGUAUUUCGGGGCCUGGACGUCUGGUGACCCCCACCCCUCUCACCCCAUGGCCCUUGCAUGGAGCUGUGGCUAGGCUGCGGAGAACCUGGUGGUGGCCCCGAGGACGGCCCCCGGCCCCUACACCAUGCCUGUACCCCUACCUAGCCUGUAUGUAGCGCUAACUCUUCCUGCUGUCCAGGGGCUCCUGGGAAAUGAGGGCCUUGUACAGGAACCCCAGGACCCAGCCACUGCUGUGGUCCCUGUGCCCAGAGAGGGCACCUGCCUACCGAAGCUCUAAUCCCUGAGGUUUUCCAGAGCUGUGGAAAGGGUGGAGGAGGAGGGGGCAGAAAGCUCCUCUAGAGAAGGAAACAAGGCUAGGUCUCUUGAGUCCUUUCCUCUGACUCAAACUAGCCCUCCUCCCCCAUGUACCUGCUAGGGCCUGAGCCUGCCCAUUUCACAGGUGAGGAGCCUGAGGCUCAGAGGGACAGAUUUGGCCUCAGGUUUUCCUCAGGGAUUUUUAGGAAGGGCAAAGCUCAUGGUAGGAUGGGGCAUCUGAGAUGGCCCUGAGGUCCCUGAAUUUCUGCCCCCAACCCAUCCUAGCAAAGGCCCAGUGACCAAGGGUAUCCUGGUCCCCAGCACAGAAGUCAGAGCUGUAGUUCAGCUUAGGAAGGGAACAGAGCUGGGGCCAGGAGGCCUUAACUGGCCUGAGCAGCCUGUGUGAUCUCCCCAUUGGCCUGGGUACGCCUCCUGGCAGACCUUGGGAGGGCCCCUGGGCCAGCCCUUGGGUGGAGGAGCUGGCAUAGUUCAACUCUGUCAGUGCCAGGAGGUGUGACCAAGCUAUUCUCCCAAACCCAGGGCCCGCCUUCUGCCCCCUCCUCCUUCCAUUCUUCUGCACCCUCAAGGCAGAGACCCAGCUCCUGUCCCUGCCCCAAAUAUGCCAUCCCAAACCUGUGGCACUAGCUCAGCAUGGGAAGAUGCAGGGACUGCAAAUUCUGCUAGGGCUGGGAUGGCAGAUGGAGUCCUUGUGCUCCUCUCCCCAGCCUUGGGGCCACUUAUCACCUGGGCGACGAGGGAGCCACACUGGCACACCCUUUGCCUGGCUGAACUGAGCCUCUGCUGGUCUCUGUUGAGAAGGGCAGAGAGGACAGAUCACCCUGGACCUUGUCUCAUCCCAGCCCUGCCUGUCCCCUGGAAAGGGUUGGAAGGAGGAGCUGAGAACACGGGUUUAGGGAAGCACAGCCAAACCAAGGGAGGCUUUCUUUAUAUACACCUGCAAGUUUUCUCCGUCUUCUCAAGACAUCCCAGGAGGACGGGUGGGUGAAGCAGAGGAUGAAGCUGCCCAGCACAGACUGGGACCAGGUCUGCAGCUGGUAUGGGGGACUUUUGAGGCUUGGGGAGACCAGGCCUACAGUCUCAGAGGCUCUGGGGACAUAACAGGCAGAGGGCAUGGCCUCCCCAGUAGGAGCAAUUGUCUUUAUUGUGACAGAUAAGCGCUGACCAGGUAGGAGAUGAGCAGGGGCAAGGGGCUCAACCCCACUGCACUCUUGGCUGCAGGGGCCACCCCCCGGGUGGGGGUGCCCUCAGGGAUGGAGGCAGCUCCUGGACCGGCGGCCAGCCUAUGGGGUACUGGAAGACAGUGGCUCUGAUGGGUUCAGCCCUGGAGAGAAGGAGAAAGAGAAUUAGAGCAGGUGCAACUGAGGCCUGGGUUGGAGCACAGCCCAGAUCCAGCUUUCCCUCCCACCACCCUGGCUAGGGAGGGUCAGCUGCCUGCAUGGCCCUUCUGGAAACAGAGACUUGAAAACACACAGACCCUUAGAGGCAGCAACCUCCUCUCCAGGAACUGAGCCCAAGGAAACAGUGAGGUUGUAGGCAGAUAUUGAGCUACAAGAAUGGCUUUGAGAAAAACAAAAAUAACCUUAGUGUCCACCUGUGGGGGACUGAUUAAAUACAUAUACACGUCCAGUGGAGAAUGAUGCUAUGCAGCCUGUGUAAAAAUUAGGCAGACAUAUAUGCACUGAUGAGGAGAGACAUACUAUGUGAGUAGGGAAAAAAGCAGCUUAUAAAAUAAUGUAUAUAGCAUGAUACUAUUUUUGUUUAAAGAUAUAUAACAUAUAUAAAUGCAUAAAAAAAACCUGGAAGACACGGCAAAAUGUUUCUAUCAAAUGGUUCUAUCUGAGUGGUGCAAUUAUGGGUGGUUUUUUUUACUUCUUUAUACUUUCCAAAAGUUUUGCAAGCACGCAAGCCUUUGAAAUCCGAAAAAAAUAUUGUCUAAAAUGUUUUAAAAAGCCUCA